UGGAUGUACCUUGAGCAGCUGAGCUGGAGCAGACAGAGCUGGAGAGACAGCUGGAAGGAGAGCCGUGUCCGGGGAGAGCACCCGGUCCUGCCCCCGCUCUGCUGCUGCUUGGAUACCCUGCGCUCUACUCUUGGACGGGACCUCUGCUUCCUAGAUGCCCCCAGGUGUAGGGCAGCCGGCGAGUGACACAGGCGACCUUGGACGUGCCAGCCGCCGCCGCCGCCUCCCUCCCCGCCUCUGAUCGUCGUGCUCCUGCUGAUCCAAGAUGCCAGGCUAUGACUACAAGUUCCUGGAGAAGCUCAGGCGCAAGUUCCAGUGCCCACUAUGUGGCAAGGCUAUGAGGGAGCCGGUGCAGGUGUCCACCUGUGGGCACCGCUUCUGUGACACCUGCCUGCAGGAGUUCCUCAGUGAAGGUGUUUUCAAGUGUCCAGAAGACCAGCUACCACUGGACUACGCAAAGAUUUACCCGGAUCGAGAGCUGGAAACUCAAGUCCUCAGUCUGUCCAUUCGAUGUAUACAUAGCGAGGAGGGGUGCCGCUGGAGUGGGCAAAUAAAACAACUCCAGACUCAUCUCAACACUUGUGCCUUCAAUGUGAUCCCCUGUCCCAACCGAUGCAGCACCAAACUGAUACGCAGGGAUUUGCCAGAACAUAUGCAGCAUGAUUGCCCGAAACGCAAGGUCCGCUGUGAAUUUUGUGGUAAUGACUUCACGGGAGAGGCCUUCGAGGAUCACCAGGGCUCCUGUCCACAAGAAAGUGUGUAUUGUGAGAACAAGUGUGGCGCUCGAAUGAUGAGGCGCGUACUGUCGCAGCAUUCGCUGGCCGAGUGCCCCAAGCGUACUCAGCCAUGCCCUUACUGCAGCAAGGAGUUUGUGUUUGACACUAUCCAGAGUCACCAGUUUCAGUGUCCACGGUACCCCAUCUCCUGUCCUAACCAGUGUGGCAUUGGCAGCAUUGCCAGAGAAGAUCUGAGUGGGCAUUUAAAGGACAGCUGUAGUUCUGCUUUGGUACUUUGUCCGUUUAAGGAGUCUGGCUGCAAACACAGGUGCCCUAAGAUUGGAAUGAGCAGACAUCUAGAAGAGAAUAUGAGAGCCCACCUCAGUAUGAUGUCCGCUUUGGUUAGCCGACAGAGGCAGGAGAUUGUAGAGUUGCGGAAGCAGGUGGAGGAACUGUCUGUAAGCAGUGAAGGAAUACUUAUAUGGAAGAUCAGCGACUAUUCCCGCAAAAUUCAAGAAGCCAAGGUCCGGGGCAACUUUGAGUCAUUUAGCCCACCCUUUUAUACACACCGAUAUGGCUACAAGCUCCAAGUAUCUGUAUUCUUAAAUGGUAAUGGCAGUGGUGAAGGCAACUACCUUUCAGUUUAUAUAAGAGUCCUCCCUGGAGAGUAUGACAGCCUGCUAGAAUGGCCUUUCUCAUAUCGUGUCACAUUUUCAUUACUUGACCAAAGUGAUCCUUCCUUGUCCAAACCCCAACACAUCACAGAAACCUUUAACCCUGAUCCAAACUGGAAGAACUUCCAAAAACCAAGUGGCUCUCGAAAUUCCCUGGAUGAAAGCACCCUUGGCUUUGGCUAUCCUAAGUUUAUUUCUCACGAGGACAUCAGAAAACGCAACUAUGUACGUGAUAAUGCUAUAUUUCUUAGAGCAUCCGUGGAUAUUCCUCAGAAAAUCAUUGCAUAACUGGAAUGUUUGGACCUUUCGGAGAGAUUUGUUUUCGCACUAUAACCAGUAGUGUUUUCUCCAGUUUCAGUUCGUGAGUUGUAUCACUACCUAAGAUGGUCUAGCUUGAAGGAGGAGGAUGGUUACAAAAGAGGUACAGAUGUUUUGUCCUCCAGUUAGUGUAAAUUUGCAUUUAUAUGACCAGGUCAACUGUGAAGCCUUGGAGAUAGGAAGAUGGUUUUCUAAGCCAUUCCUACAUUUUUGGAGAUGAUGUUCCAAAAGAAACUUCAACAGUCUAAGUGACCAAAAGUUCACCCUUGUUCUUCUCUUUUGGCAACUACAGCUGCUGCUAAACUGAGACAAAAUUUGUCACCUGGCAUCUUUCCAUGGCAGCAAACGGAGAGCCUGUAUAGAGCAUCUUUUUUUUUGCAUCUCACAAUACUAGAUUUGGACUGUGAGAACCUACAGUGCAAUAGACUGCUGAACAUUGUAGAGGAAAGGGAGAAUUGGAUCAAUGUUCUCCGAGCUGCAAAAGAAAUCCUUUUUGGUCUUUUGAGGUGUUUGUGAGGUCAGCACCUAAGAAGCUUGUCACUCAGAGAGCAAAACUAAAGUCCGGGUACUAACAUAAAGCCAAAGUGUCCAACCAAGGAGAGAGGACUGCGAGGUGUACCCCAGGCAAUACAACAGAGACAGGUCUACCUCAGGAGUGUUUGUGGUGCUGGCAUCAUGUUCGAGGAAGCUUGUGUAACUCUUAGCCUAAGCGAGUACUUUGGCUACAAAUGGUUCAAGGGUUUUCAAAAGGACCCUGGCCUGGAAGUGUGCCGGUGACAUGCACAUCAUACGACAAAUGGAGGAGUGUCUUCAGGCCCUUUGUCACCCAAGAUGGCCGCCAGGUUGGGUGCAUUUGUAUUCCGCGCAGCAGCAUUUUCUACUAUUUUGUAGCCUUUUUACUCAUUUUGUAAUUGACAGUUUGAUAAUGAUAUGUAUUUGGACAGCUUUGGGAAUUGAUUCUAAUGAUUUCUUAGCUGGGGUAUUCGGUUACUGAUUCUUGUAUAAUGAGAAUGAUCUGUUUGAUGUGACUUCUCUAACGUGAAUACUGCAGCUCUGUACAAUUUGGUGAAUAAAAUCCUAUAGUGAAUUAACCGUCUGAGACACAGUGCACAGCACUGAGUUAUGGUCCUCUCUCCUGCCGUAACGAAGCAAUCUUGUAUGUAGAAUAUCCCAAGAGCAAGCCAUCUCCCAGUGGUGACCCAUAUUUUGUAUUUCAGUUUGUUUCUCUAAUAAUCUGAUGUAUAAUCAGAAAACGUCUUGCAAAAUAAGUGAUUCUAGGUAUCAUUAAUGUGGACAUGUGACCUACGCACUGAAUGCUACAUUUAUACUUGAUUCCUUCAUUCUUCAGACCGUUUACUAGGACAGUUUGUUUGCAAACUCUAAGCACAAAUUAACUGAAAAAAUAUCAUUUUUGGCUACUGACACAAGAAGUAAAAUGUAGAUGAUGUAGCGCCGAUGUGCCAGCAGAAGGCUAUAAUGUGACAUGUAUGCCCAGCAUGCCAUUGCAAAAAGUUACUGGAUGUCUAUAUAAAUAAAUCUCAAACAUUGUGACUGAAUACACUCCAUACACUUCUCACUAUAUUGCAGAGCUAUAUUCAGACUAAUCACUGGCAGCAGGUUAUUUCCAUGAGAACAAAAGUUUAAAUCCGGGAGAGUCCUGGAGGCCCUUAUAAACAUUAGAUGGUCGGCCAGCCCUGCCAAAACCAAAAGGUUCAGAUGACAUUUAUAUUGGGGCGCAUUCACACGAUCGUAGUGUUUUGCGGUCCGCACAUGGCCAGCAUUAUUAUAGAAAAUUGCGGACAAGAAUAGGAAAUGCUCUGUUUUUUGCGGGGACACGGAACAACAGAUGCGGACAGCAGACGGUGUGCUGUCCACAUCUUUUGCGGCCCCAUUGAAGUGAAUGGGUCCUCACCUGUUCUGCAAAAUUGAGGAAUGAAUGCGAAUUCAUUCAUACUGUCAUGUGAAUGAGCCCUUAGUCUGUGCCUCGUCUAUUAAUCAGGAUGCUCCAGAGUUUCCACUACAUUUCCAGUGAAUGGCUGAAUUUUACAUUCUCGCACUGGACCACAGCUUAUAAUUGUGCAAAGACCACAGGAACCCCUUCAAGGGCUUCUGCACAGUACUGAUGUUUUAAUUCAGUCAUCCCAAAAUUAAAAGUGUCAUUUUUCACGCAUUGCCACCACAGUCUGUUUCAUUAUUUUCCAGCAUGUGAUAAGCAAAUGGCCAAGAUAUAAGAAGUGUGGUUCCAGUGAUUCAGAUUUCUAAGGCUGGAUUGACCAGAAAAUAUACUGGACAUAUCAUCUAUCCGUGUUACUCGAGUGCGUCAUGGCCCGACCACGGGUUUAACCCAUCGGAGCUCACAGCAUCAUCGAUGCAGUCAGGCCAUUACACAUGCAAGUGUAACAGAUGAAUAAUGCAUCCGGUAUACAUUUGCUAAAUACCCAUGACUUAGGAUGGAUUCACACAAUGUUAUAAGCGUCAUGUACCAGAAAACCCCCAAACUGCUUAGCCUUAGAGAUGCACACCAGCAUUUUGGACAGACAUAACCAGAUUGUUUGCUCUGUUGGUGUGAAAACUUUGUUAAUACUAAAUUCCUGACAAAUAUUGAACUAAAAAUAGGUGACCCACCAGGAACUCAUUCCAUGUCUAUUAAUGUACCUACCAAGUGCCAAUAGUUAUUAGGAUCCCUCGUGUGCUGUCAGAAUACGGUAGGGCUGACGGACGAGCCAUACCUGGAGUGAUGGUGCUAUGUGGCAAUGAUCUGUGUAUCUCAGCUAUAUGGAUCCUGUUAGGAAUUGCAGAUCGUGCUCUGAUAACCGCAUCAUCCGUGUUAUGUAACGUGUCCUGAAUUAUUCCUUUUUUUGUUGUUAAUUAUUUAUUGUCUACAAUUUGUUGAAUGAAGAAUUAAUGUAUUGAAUGGGAGGGGCAGUUGAUUGCCUUUAUACUUUUGUAUAAUAAAUCCUCUCCAUAA